AUGGGCAAUGGCAAUGAGGAUGGUGAGGCAGUGGCUGAGAAGGAUGGUGAGAAACAGGUCGAAGAAGAGGCUGAGAAGGAUGGCGCGAAAGAGGCUGAGAAGGAUGGCGCGAAAGAGGCUGGGACAACACCUGAAGAUGCUGAGGGUGAGGAAGGGGCUGCGAAAGAGGCUUAUGAGGUCGCUGGCAAUGAGGAUGAAGUAGGUCAGAAGGAGGGCGAGACAGAGGCUGACAAGGAGGGUGAAACUGAGGAAGGCAAGACAGAUGUGGAGGACUCGCCAUCUACUCUUCAAGUGAUGGCAGAAGCUGCGGAGAAACUCGAGAAAGAGGUUGAUGAUAAGGCUGCUGCAGAGAAGGCUGGUGAUGAGUUAGCUGCUGCUGAAAAGGCAGCUAGUGAUAAGGAAAAAGUUGGUGAUGAGGAGGAGACCAGGCCAAAGAGGACCCAUAAACCUUCUCGUCCGCUCAGGUCUCCGUAUCAGAAAAACUAA